GAGGGUAAGUUAAUAUGGGUUAAUGAUGGCCGUCGUGUCUAGUAUAUGAAAGGCUCCAUUUUGCCUUCUCUUUAAAGAGAGGUGAAGUGACAGCAAUAUUGUCUGUCUGAUUCCAUUUUGCGGAGAAAUUUCAUCAUCAUCAAUGGCAACUUCACCGUUACAAAGCUCAGGAAUGCUAUCAAGAGAACAGUUGCUUUAUCUCUUUAAUUCCUUCUCUCAACUCACUUCCCAGCCUGAUGUAAAGAAAAGGAUUGCUGAUGCCGUGAAUGACAAACAGGAAGCUGUUGCUGCUACCACUACAAUCCAGGAAUCUAUAUUUUUGGAAAUGGGGGUUGAUCCAAGUUUUGGUAUUUCAUGCUUGGGAAAAGUGAACGUGGUCUAUGAAAAUGAUCAGGAUUUGAUGAUUCGCUUUUACAAAUUUGUUGCAAACGAAGAAAUGGCCUGCGAUGAAGCUGAGCUUGGACCAGAUGAGUUUGCUGGAAAAAUGCACUAUCAACAAAAACUACAGGAGCAGCAACUAGAGAUGCUAAAGCACAUGCGCAAAUUUCACCUGGAUGAUCAAUCUGCAAUUCUUGAGAAGUUGCAUCAGCAGAUGGAAAAUGCCAAUUUUGAAGUUGAGGCAUCAGUUUUGUCACCUGAACAAGUUCAGGAGACUGUUCGAAGAAGGGUUUCACCGCUGUUUCAGCCUAGGUAGAUUGACACUCAAUUUGUCUGUAUUCGAGUUUCAUUCUGGGCUACGACGUUCCGCAUGUUUCUAAUGUAAGCUCAUUGUUGUAGCAGCUAGUUUUCGUACAUAGCUAACUAUUGCUGUUCACUCCUUUUCCGAUCCACGUUAUUUCAUGUUCUUUUUGCACGGGAUCGUGAGGCAUCUAAAGUGGCGGUUGAUGAUAACCUGCAUUGGCCUCAAUCCCCAACAUGGCCUAAUUAGCAAACGAUUCCAAAAUUCAGUUGACUAUUGAAGUGUUUCUGUUCUGGUCCA